AUGAUUAUUUUGCUCUUCAAUCAAGCACCUGAAAUAAUAGAAGCAAUUAUUUUCUUGAAAUUGCCAAUUCAUUUUCAGGGUCCAGUCGAUUUAACACCAGUUACAGUACCACAAUAUUUAGCUAUUUAUUAUGGAUGGCCAUCUUUAGUUGAAAACAGUCUAGGUGAUGUGACAGCAGCUAGUAAUUGGUUUGCACAAUUUGAUUUAAUCGUUCUUGGUGAUGGACUCUGGAAGACUACACACGGUGAUCAUUCGAAAACACAAACUAUUAUUACAAAUUUGAUUGCUCGUAAUAAAAAAGGUAUAUUUUGGGAUGAUGCUGGUUUUGAUUAUGGUGCGACACGACAACGUCAAUCGAAUAUGAUUCAAUAUUGUCAUUCAAAAAAUAUGAAUGUUAUUAUGAAUGCAUGGAAUCCUGAUGAUGUAUUUAGUGGAUCUAAUGUUCAACUUAAUUCAAAUGAUAUUUAUUUACUUGAAUCUUAUUUAGUCUCUAAUGGAACAUAUCUUUCAUUACCAGCUUGGAAAGAAAAAGCUGAUAAAUGUGCUAAUUAUAAAAAUCAUUCAGGUGUUAAAAUGGCAUGUUUAUCAACACCAACUACACAUGAUCAAUUUCUACAAGCAUGGUUUGGUACAGCUAUGUAUAAUUUUGAUUAUUUUCAAGCAACAGAUAUAACAUAUAGUGCUAGUAAUAAUAGACUAGCAUUUACGGUCAAUCCAAGUUCGUCUUAUGGAAGUAAUUGGCAAAAUGAUACAAUAACAUCGAAUGCAGCUAAUACGUAUUUUUCACGUUCAACAGAAUCGUGGACAUUGAGUAUAUCUGGUGAUGGAGCAUCAUGGGGUUAUGGCACAUUUACUAGUGUCGGAUAA